AUGGGUCGGGUCUCGUUCGCCGAAGAUACAAAGUUGCCCCAGGAGACCCAGAUUGAAGAAGAGCAGACUUCAGUGUUUGCUUAUCAGGAUGGCCCGGAGAACAAGUCCUGGGCGGGUGCGCUGCCCUUGAAGCAGGGUCUCUACGACCCAGAGCUAGAGAAGGAUGCUUGUGGUGUCGGUUUUGCUGCCCAUAUCAAGGGCAAAGCUAGCCACAAGAUCGUCUCUGACGCACGGUCAUUGCUAUGCAACAUGACCCAUCGAGGAGCCGUUGGCUCCGACGCAAGAGAUGGUGACGGUGCAGGUGUAAUGACCUCCAUCCCCCACCGAUUCUUCCUCAAGGAGUUUGAGCGUGAACAAGGCUACAAGCUGCCCAAGCUUGGCCAGUACGCUACUGGCAACCUGUUCUUCAAGCCGGACCCUAGCAUCUUGGAUGAGACCAAGACCAUGUUUGAGGAUGUUGCAGACCAGCUGGACCUGAGGGUGCUUGGAUGGCGAACAGUGCCGCGCGAUUCAACACUUCUUGGACCCGCGGCCUUGUCACGAGAGCCCAUUAUCCUCCAGCCAUUCGUUGUUCUGAAAACUGCCUACGGUGAUGGUCGGGAGCCAAAGGCUGAUUUCCAGCAAAAGUACGACAACGCAUACUUUGAGCGACAGCUCUAUGUCAUGCGAAAGCGGGCUACACACGUCAUUGGCCUACACAACUGGUUCUACAUUUGCUCACUGAGCAACAAGAACAUUGUCUACAAGGGACAGCUUUCUCCAGUUCAGGUCUAUGAAUACUACCAUGAUCUGCUCAACGUUGAUUACGAGGGUCACUUUGCCUUGGUGCACUCGCGCUUCUCGACCAACACAUUCCCCAGUUGGGACCGUGCGCAGCCUCUGCGAUGGGCGGCUCACAACGGUGAAAUUAACACCCUACGAGGAAACAAGAACUGGAUGCGAGCCCGUGAGGGUGUCAUGAAGUCUAGCCUCUUUGGUGAGGAACUCGAUCUUCUCUACCCAAUCGUCGAGGACGGAGGCUCCGAUUCUGCGGCUUUUGACAACGUCCUUGAGCUGUUGACUAUCAACGGCGUUCUGUCUCUCCCAGAAGCAGUCAUGCUCAUGGUCCCAGAAGCAUGGCAGGGCAACAAUACCAUGGAUCCCGCCAAAGCGGCCUUUUACGAAUGGGCUGCUUGUAUGAUGGAGCCUUGGGAUGGUCCUGCACUCUUCACUUUCUCCGACGGACGGUACUGCGGUGCCAACCUCGACCGAAACGGUCUACGUCCUUGCCGUUACUACAUCACUGAUGACGACCGCAUUGUCUGCGCGUCCGAAGUCGGCACCAUCUCUAUCGAGCCUGAGCGAGUUGUUCAAAAGGGCCGUCUCCAGCCCGGUAGGAUGUUGCUUGUCGAUACUGUCGCUGGUCGAAUUGUCGAUGACGCUGAGCUGAAGAAGUCCGUCGCGGAGCGUAACGAUUUCCGCAGAUGGAUCGAGAAGAACCUUUUGACUCUUCCCAAGAUUGUUCAGUCCGUCGGCGAAAAGGGUAUCGAUCUUUCUCACUCACUCACUGAGACUAAGCUUCACGAAGACCCUCGUCUACGAGCAUUCGGUUAUUCUCUCGAGCAAGUCAGCUUGCUUCUCGGACCCAUGGCCGCCGACUCCAAGGAGGCUCUUGGAUCCAUGGGUAACGAUGCUCCCCUUGCUUGCUUGGCAACACAGCCUCGUCUGUUGUAUGAGUACUUCCGUCAGCUUUUUGCUCAGGUCACCAACCCUCCUAUUGACCCUAUCCGUGAGGCUAUUGUCAUGUCUCUCGAGGCCUAUGUUGGUCCCCAGGGCAACCUCCUAGAGAUGGAUGAGUCGCAGUGUGGUCGUCUGCUUUUGCCGUCCCCAAUUCUUACUCUUGAGGAGUUCAAGGCAAUGACCAAUGCCCACACCCUCUAUCGCGAGUGGACCGUCAAGAGCAUCGACAUCACCUUCCCCAAGAGCGAGGGUAUCGAGGGAUACAUGAAUGCUCUGGACCGUAUCUGUGAAGCGGCCACAGAGGGCAUCCAGGCAGGCGACAACAUUCUCGUCUUGACCGAUCGUGCAACAUCUGUCGACCGCGUUGCCGUAUCUGCUUGCUUGGCUACUGGUAUGGUUCACCACCACCUUGUCCGCAACAAGUGGCGGUCCAGUGCAGCUCUCGUUGUUGAGACUGGCGAGGCUCGCGAGGUUCACCACAUGUGUGUCCUUGUCGGAUACGGUGCUGAUGCUGUCUGCCCCUACCUUGCCAUUGAGUGUAUCCUGAAGAUGCACCGUGAGGGCAUCAUUCGCAAGAACUUGACACCUGAACAGCUCAUUCAGAACUACAAGCACUCCUGUGAUGGUGGUAUUUUGAAGGUCAUGAGUAAGAUGGGUAUCUCGACGCUCCAAUCUUACAAGGGCGCCCAGAUUUUCGAGGCUCUUGGUCUUGACGACUCUGUUGUCGACCGCUGCUUCACUGGCACUGCAUCGCGUAUCAAGGGUAUGACCUUUGAGCUUAUCGCAGCAGAUGCAUUUGCUCUCCACGAGAAGGGCUACCCAUCACGCCCUAUUGUAGAGGUACCUGGUCUUUCUGAGACUGGUGAGUACCACUGGCGUGAUGGAGGCGAGCCUCACGUCAACGACCCUACUGCCAUGGCCAACCUCCAAGACGCUGUUCGCACCAAGAAUGACAAGUCGUAUGAGGCUUACUCUAUCGCCGAGUAUGAGCGUAUCAAGGACUGUACCCUUCGUGGUCUUCUUGAUUUCAACUUCGAUGACCGCGCUCCUAUCCCCAUCGACCAAGUCGAGCCAUGGACCGACAUUGUUCGCCGCUUCGUCACCGGUGCCAUGUCCUACGGAUCCAUCUCUAUGGAGUCACAUUCAACUCUCGCCGUCGCCAUGAACCGUCUUGGUGGAAAGUCAAACACUGGAGAGGGUGGUGAAGAUCCUGAGCGCAGCUUGCGCAUGGAGAACGGCGAUACUAUGCGCUCCGCCAUCAAGCAGAUUGCUUCUGGACGUUUCGGUGUUACAUCUAAUUACCUCGCAGAUGCUGAUGAGCUCCAAAUCAAGAUGGCACAAGGUGCUAAGCCUGGUGAAGGUGGUGAACUUCCUGGCCACAAGGUCUCUGGUUCCAUUGCUAAGACUCGUCACUCUACCCCUGGUGUCGGUCUUAUUAGUCCUCCUCCCCACCACGACAUUUACUCCAUUGAGGAUCUUAAGCAACUGAUCUACGACCUGAAGUGUUCUAACCCUCGCGCUCGUGUCUCAGUCAAGCUCGUCUCCGAGACCGGCGUUGGUAUCGUCGCUUCCGGUGUUGCCAAGGCGAAGGCUGACCACAUCCUCAUCUCCGGUCACGAUGGUGGUACCGGUGCCUCUCGAUGGACUGGUAUCAAGUACGCUGGUCUUCCAUGGGAGCUGGGUCUUGCAGAGACUCAUCAGACACUUGUUCUCAACGAUCUUCGUGGUCGUGUCAUUGUCCAGACUGACGGUCAAAUCAAGACUGGUCGUGACGUCGCUAUCGCAUGUUUGCUUGGAGCCGAAGAAUGGGGCUUUGCUACAACUCCCCUGAUCGCCAUGGGCUGCAUCUUCAUGAGAAAAUGCCAUUUGAACACGUGUCCUGUAGGUAUUGCUACUCAGGAUCCUGAGCUCAGGAAGAAGUUUGCUGGUACGCCCGAGCACGUCAUUAACUUCUUCUACUACGUUGCCAAUGAGCUCCGUGCAAUUAUGGCUAAGCUUGGCUUCCGUACUAUCAACGACAUGGUUGGUCGUUGCGAGUUCCUCCGUAUCCGCGACGAUCUCCGCACUGCUAAGACGGAAAACAUUGAUCUUUCGCUCAUCCUAACUCCCGCACAUACUCUCCGCCCUGGUGUUGCUACAUUCAACGUCCGCAAGCAGGACCACCGACUACACGUUCGUCUAGACAACAAACUGAUUGCUGAGUCUGAACUUGCUCUGGAGAAGGGUCUCCCUGCCCGUAUUGAGUGCGAUGUCGUCAACACUGACCGUGCUCUUGGCGCUACCCUUUCCUACCAUAUCAGCAAGCGCUAUGGUGAGGCUGGUCUGCCCUCAGAUACCAUUCACGUCAACAUUCGUGGAUCUGCUGGACAGUCUUUUGGUGCUUAUCUCGCACCUGGUGUUACUCUUGAACUCGAGGGUGACGCUAAUGACUACGUUGGCAAGGGUUUGUCUGGAGGUCGUUUGAUCAUCUACCCUCCUCGCAACGCCGUAUACCGUGCCGAGGAGAAUGUCCUGAUCGGAAACGUCUGCUUAUACGGUGCCACUCAAGGUACUUGCUUCUUCCGUGGUAUCGCUGCCGAGCGCUUCUGCGUUCGUAACUCGGGUGCCACGGCCGUCGUUGAGGGUGUCGGUGAUCACGGCUGCGAGUACAUGACGGGUGGCCGUGUCCUUGUUCUCGGAUCGACGGGCCGUAACUUCGCUGCUGGUAUGUCUGGUGGUAUUGCUUACGUUCUGGAUAUCCACAAGGACUUUGAGCAGAAGGUUAAUCAAGAGAUGGUCGAGCUGUCUCCAAUUGAGGAGCCAGAGGAGAUUGCAUUUGUGCGGGGCCUUAUUGAGGACCACCACCACUACACCGGAUCUGAGCUUGCCGCACGCAUUCUUCUCGAUUUCACCCGCGCUCUAUCGCGCUUUGUCAAAGUCAUGCCCAUUGACUACAAGCGUGUUCUCUUGGAGGAGAAGGCCAGGCUUGCUGAGGAGAAGAGGAACAAGUAUCCUCUUCCUCUACUCGCCGGCAACGCCGUCCGCAACGCCCAUGAAGAGUCUCGCACCAAGGAGGCUGAGGCUGAGGCCAAGGAGAAGAAGAAGAGCAGCGGCUUGCUUGACAUUGAGGAGAGUGUGACUGAUGCAAAGGCCGAAAAGAAGAAGGCUCUUGUCCUCGACAAGACACGCGGCUUCAUGAAAUACCAGCGUCGCUCUGAGAAGUACCGCAACCCCAAGACCCGAACUCGUGAUUGGGCCGAACUGAGUCAGCGUCUCAACGAAGAUGAACUCAAAUACCAGACUGCCCGCUGCAUGGAUUGUGGUGUACCUUUCUGCCAGUCUGACACCGGUUGUCCGAUCUCCAAUAUCAUUCCUAAAUGGAACGAAUUGGUGUUCCGUUCGCAAUGGCGUGACGCUCUCAACCGUCUGCUCAUGACCAACAACUUCCCAGAGUUCACUGGUCGUGUUUGUCCCGCACCCUGCGAGGGAGCGUGUGUUCUUGGCAUCAACGAGGAUCCUGUAGGCAUCAAGUCAAUCGAAUGCGCUAUCAUUGACCGCGGCUUCGAGAAGGGCUGGAUGGUCCCUACGCCACCUCAGGUCCGCUCUGGCAAGACUGUUGCCAUUAUCGGUUCCGGUCCUGCUGGUAUGGCCUGUGCCGAUCAGCUCAACAAGGCUGGCCACCUUGUCACAGUCUUUGAGCGUGCUGACCGUGUUGGUGGUCUCCUCAUGUACGGCAUUCCCAACAUGAAGCUCGACAAGAAGGUUGUGCAGCGUCGUGUUGACUUCAUGGCUGCUGAGGGUGUCAACUUCAAGACCGGCGUUACCGUUGGAGAGGAAGGUCAUCCCAACCUUGAGAGGCUGCGCAAAGACUUUGACGCAGUCGUAUUUGCCACGGGUGCCACUGUAGCUCGCGACUUGCCCAUCCCCAACCGCAAUUUGGAGGGCAUUCACUUCGCUAUGCAAUUCUUGCACAAGAACACCAAGUCUCUUCUCGACUCUGAGUUGGCUGAUAACGCCUACAUCUCGGCCAAAGACAAGCACGUUGUUGUCAUUGGUGGUGGUGACACCGGUAAUGACUGCAUUGGUACCUCUGUUCGCCAUGGUGCCAAGUCUGUCGUAAACUUUGAGCUGCUGCCUCAGCCCCCACCAGAGCGUGCCCGCGACAACCCAUGGCCUCAGUGGCCCCGUAUCUUCCGUACUGAUUACGGUCACAACGAAGUCAAGACUCACAUGGGCAAGGAUCCUCGUGAAUACUGUGUCAUGUCCAAGGAAUUUGUUGACGACGGCAACGGCAAGGUCAAGGGCAUCAACACUAUUCGUGUCGCAUGGACCAAGUCUUCUUCCGGUGGCUGGGACAUGAAGCAAGUUGACGGCAGUGAGCAGUUCUUCCCCGCAGACCUCGUUUUGCUUUCUAUGGGUUUCUUGGGCCCUGAGCAACGCGUCAUGAGCGACAUUGUCGAGCUUGAUGGCCGCAAGAACAUCAAAACACCCCCAGGUCACUACAACACCAACCUUCCUGGCGUCUUCGCUGCUGGUGACUGCCGUCGCGGCCAGUCACUCAUCGUUUGGGGUAUCAACGAGGGCCGCCAAUGCGCUCGCGACGUUGAUUCUUUCCUCAACGGAUACGGCUCUUCGCUGCCCGUCACUGGUGGUAUUGUUCAGCGUCCGCCCUACGAGGCUGUGCUGAAAGCCGGCCACGGCCAUGCGGAGAAGCUGGCUGCUGUCGCCGCUUAG